ACUCUAGGUUCUCCCUUUCCAUUCUCUUUUCUAAUUUACACACACACACACAAGAAAAAGAAAAUUAAAUGCUCAUGGAAGGGCCAAAUUCACCUUUACAGUUGCAACCUCCAACUUACGGAAAUCUAAUCACCAUUCUCAGCAUUGAUGGAGGAGGAAUUCGAGGGGUUAUCCCGGGGAUUAUCCUUAAUUUUCUAGAGUCUGAACUUCAGAAACUGGAUGGUGAAGAAGCAAGACUUGUAGACUAUUUCGAUGUAAUUGCAGGCACCAGCACCGGUGGUCUCAUGACAGCCAUGCUAACUGCUCCUAAUGAAAAAAAGGGGCCACUUUUCGCUGCCAAAGACAUAAAGGACUUCUACCUAAACAAUGGCCCUAAAAUCUUCCCCCAACCUAGUUGCCCGUUAUUUGCUCGUGCAAGAAAAGUAAUCAAAGCUCUGUUUGGACCCCAAUAUGACGGUAAAUUCCUGCACAAGAUUGUUAGGAACAAACUGGGAAACACAAAACUACACCAGACAUUAACUAAUGUUGUAAUUCCUACAUUUGACAUCAAAACCCUUCAGCCAACCAUCUUUUCCACCUAUGAGGUGAAGAGAAAGCCAUCGUUAGAUGCUUUACUCUCGGACGUUUGCAUUGCAACCUCAGCUGCGCCGACUUAUUUUCCGGCCCAUUAUUUCACCACCAAAAACGUCGCCGGAGAAGUUAUCAGAGAAUUCAACUUAAUAGAUGGGGGUGUUGCAGCCAAUAAUCCGACUUUAGUGGCUAUAAGUGAAGUGACGAAGGAGAUAACUGGAGGCAGCUCCGAUUUUGUCCCAAUAAAACCGUUGGAUUACACGAGAUUCUUGGUUAUAUCCUUGGGAACUGGCUCAAACAAACUGGUCGAAGAGAAAUACACCGCAGAGGAGGUGGCAAAAUGGGGUCUGCUGAGUUGGCUAACCAACGGUGGUUCCACCCCUUUAGUCAACAUAUUCAAUCAAGCCAGUGCCGAUAUGGUCGACCUGCACCUCUCCGUCGUAUUCAAAGCCGUACAAUGUGAAGAUAAAUACCUCCGCAUUCAGGAUGAUACAUUAAAUGGGGUUGAUGAUACAUUAAAUGGGGUUGUAUCUUCAGUUGAUAUAGCAACAAAGAAGAAUUUGGAUGAUCUAGUGGAAGUAGGGGAAGAACUGUUGAAAAAACCAGUUUCUAGGAUUAAUUUGGAAACGGGUCGGUUUGAGUCUUGUGGUCAAGGAUCUAAUCAAGAGGCUCUGAAGAGGUUUGCAAAAUUGCUGUCUGAAGAGAAGCGACUUCGCGAACUUAGAUCGCCCCAUGCACGGAUUGCAAUUUCAAAUGUUGUUAAAAAUUAAGUAUGGUGAUUCAUUUAAUGUAAAAAAUUUAGGGAUUUGUUUUGCUUAAGACAAAUGAUAGAAGUUUACUUGUCUAAUCAAUAAGGUUUUGCAAGGAAAAUUAAUCCUUGGGUGAAUUAAUCUUAGGUCUGGAGAAUAGGUUGCUUGAAAUGAUAUAGGUGUGAUCUUAUGGAUUGCUCAGUGCUCAAACAUAAAGCAAAGGGCUGUCUUUUUUUAUUCCAUAAAU